AUGCUCACCACCACCGCCGCGGUGCUCGUUGCCGCCGCUGCCCUCGGGACAGCGACUACCCGGCCUUCUCCCGCCGUUCCGCGCCACGACGAGCUCAAGCGCUCCGCCCCGCCAGUCCACCUUGAGCUCAAGCGCACGCCGAUUUCCCCGACGCCCUUGAGGCGGCGUGACACGACGGGCAUCGCGCAGGACCUCGUGCUCACCAACAUCGUCAACAACCUGUACGCGGCGUCCAUCACGAUCGGCACCCCGCCGCAGGAGUUCCAGGUACACCUCGACACGGGCUCGACCGACAUGUACGUGUACGACUCGGACUGCCACUGCGACGCGUGCUCCGUCGCCGGGGAGACGCGGUACGACCGAGCGCAGAGCAGCAGCUUCACGGACUUGGGGAAGACGGCGAAUAUCACGUACGGGCACGGGUUUACCGACGGGCUGUGGGCCAAGGAUGUGGUGACUUGGGGUGAGAUGACGGUGCCGGCGCAGAGCUUUGUCCGCGCCCUCGACACAGACGACACGUACAAACCGACCAACAUCACCGGCCUGAUGGGCCUGGCGUGGACCGAUGGCUCGACGGGGCGCGAGACGCCGUUCUGGCAGAACAUGGUGUCGCGGUGGGCUGACCAGCGGUUCGCGUUCUACCUCGGGCCGACGAACGACCGGUCGCGUGAGGUCAAGGCUGGGAUCUUGACUCUGGGCGGCGUCGACACGUCCCUCUACACCGGCGAGAUCAACUACGUCAAGCUCGCGUCCAAGGGGCUGUGGGUCGUCCCCCUCGACGGCGUCAAGGUCAACGGCAGCGCGGCGCUGCAGCCGCAGAGCAAGGUCCGCGCCGCGAUCGACACGGGCACGUCGCUCAUCGCCACGCCGCACGACGACGCAGCGGCCAUCUACGCUGCGAUCCCCGGCGCGGCGCUCGACACCGCGCGCUCAGACGACACGCUGCACGUGUAUUCGGUGCCGUGUGACACGUCGUCGGUCGUCAGCUUGACCUUCAACGGCGUGAGCUACGACAUUCCGCUCGAGAACUUUAUCCUGCCCAAGGACAUCACGAAUGAUCCCGACAGAUGUACCGGCGCGAUCCAGGGCAACGCGAAGGUUGGCAGCUGGAUCGUCGGCGACGUCUUCCUGCGAUCAGUCUACUCCGUGUUCCAGUACGACCCGCCCGCGGUCGGCUUCGCGACCCUCGCGCCUGGGCUGCAGACCAAGUCGCCAAAGGUGCCCGACGUGACCGUGUUCAACCCGCCGCUGCCAGACCGUAAGGGCUCGAGCGGGGACCGCGCUGCCGACACCGAGUGGCGCGCUCUCGCGCCGUGGAUGCUCGCGCCAGCCACGAUCGUCAUCGCUGGUAGCGGGGGCUGGUAG